GUUGAUUGCUCGCAAAUCUGGAUGCGCCCUCUCCAACGUCGACGCAUUGCGACCCUCCAUCACCACCAUCGCCAUCUUCCGCCGCAUCUCCAACGAUCCCGCCGCGAAGUCUCUCAGUCCAGGACGCGUCGCAACCGCCUAGCCCUAGAGACGACCACCGCGAAUUCCUCGUGCGACCCUCGCUACCCCCACGAUGAACGGCGUCGGCGCUCCCUCGCCCUACGGCCAGCCAGCCUCGGCUUGGCAAGAGCACCACACUCCUGACGGACGAGCAUACUACUACAAUCCCGCUACCAAGGCGACGCAAUGGACCAAACCGGAGGAUAUGAUGUCUUCGGCAGAGCGCGCCCUCGCCAACCAACCCUGGAAGGAGUAUACUGCUGAGGGAGGUCGCAAAUACUGGUAUAACACUGAAACGAAGCAGAGCUCUUGGGAGAUGCCCGAUGCCUACAAGAGCGCGCUUGGCGCGACCAGCGAACCUGCCACUCCCGUUCCUACCACCCCGUACGCUUCCGGCCCCAGCGGCGGCCAUGGUGGUGGCCACGGCGGUGGUUAUGGAAACUCUUCUUACGACCAGCACCGUGAUCAGCGUGACGUUUAUCCUGAGUCUCGUCAACUGACAUAUGGGAGUGAUCCCAAGGCCCAGGCUUUCGUUCCCGCUAGCAAUGACCCCGAAUAUGCCACCGCUGAAGAGGCCGAAGCCGCCUUCGCCAAACUCCUCAAGCGUAGCGGUGUUCAGCCAGAUUGGACUUGGGAACAAACUAUUCGAGCAACGGCCCGUGAUCCUCAGUUCCGUGCCAUCAAGGAUCCCAAGGACCGACGGGCCGCUUUCGAGAAGUAUGGCCAGGAUAUGGUCAUCCAGGACAAGGAGCGCGCCAAAGAAAGACUUACCAAGCUUCGUGCUGACUUUGAAACCAUGCUCAAGAGGCACCCCGAAAUUACUCACUACACCCGUUGGAAGACCGCCCGUCCCAUGAUGGAGGGUGAAACCAUUUUCCGCUCCACCAACAGUGAGAGCGAGCGCCGCCAGCUUUUCGAGGAGUACAUUAUCGGGCUCCAGAAAGCCCACGCCGAGCAGCAGACAUCUCUCCGGAAGAAUGCCAUGGAUGGUCUGAUUGACCUCCUUCCGAAACUCGAUCUGGAACCAUACACGCGCUGGUCUGACGCGCAAGGUAUCAUCUCAUCCACCCCGCCCUUCCAGAGUGAUGAAAGUUACCAGACCCUCACCAAGUUUGACAUCUUGACUGCGUUCCAAAACCAUAUGAAGGCCCUGGAGCGUAAGUUCAACGACACCAGACAGGAAGAGAAGAACCAGAAGUUCCGCAAGGAACGUAAGGCCCGAGAUGGCUUCAAGGCCCUUCUGAGCGAACAUCGCCAAGACGGCAAGAUUAAUGCCGGGACGAAGUGGAAUCAGAUUGUCCCUCUGGUGGAGAGUGAUGAGCGGUAUACCAACAUGGCCGGCCUCGGCGGCUCCACCCCUCAAGAACUCUUCUGGGAUGUCGUUGACGAAGAAGAGCGUGGUCUUCGCGGACCUAGGAACGAGGUCAUCGACGUUCUUCAAGACAAGCGGUUUGAGCUUACGCCGACGAGCGAUUUCGAGGAGUUCCUAUCUAUCAUGAAAGAUGAUCGACGAACUGCUAACAUUGAUCGUGACAUUCUUAAACUCAUCUUCGACCGACUACGCGAAAAGCGUUCUUCUAAGCGAGAAUCCGAUGACCGACAGUCGGAACGCCAGCAACGCAGAGCCGUCGAUGACCUGCGAGCAUACAUGAAGCGCAUGGAGCCUCCCAUCACACUGAGUGACACUUAUGAAAAGGUACGACCUCGAAUCCUGAAAUCAGACGAGUUCCAGGCCAUUACUUCCGAGGAUGCUCGUCGAAGUGCCUUUGACAAGUAUCUCCGCCGGCUGCGGGAGAAGGAGGAGGAGGCGGACCGAAGCUACAGAAGACGCGAUCGCAUGUCCAGUGAGCGGGACCUGCACCGCCGCGAGAGAGACCGAUCCAGAGGUGAGCGAUCUCAUCGUAGCGGUGGACGUGGAUCUCGACGUAGUCGCAGCCCGGAGCCAGAUGCGUAUGAGGCCGACAGGCGCAAGGCCAUCGCCGAGCGGGAGCGCAACCACCGCAAGUCCACCAUGGCUGAAGGCCUGUUGGGAUCUGACCGUGGUCGCCUGUCGCCGCCGCCACGUCGGGAACGCGAGCGCGAACGGGACCGUGACCGGGAUCGCGAUUUCGACCGCCCUUCUCGCCCGCGCCGCGAAGAUGACAGCCAUUACGAUCGCGAGCGGAGGGACAGGGAGGAUGAACGGGAGAGGCUGUACCGUCGCCGCAUUGACCGAGGUUCGUAUGAGGAGCUCCCCUAUGGAGAUGAACGCCCAUCAGGUUCUCGACGACGCCGUCCUGAUGACGAAAACGACUAUACUCGCCGAGAUUCGAGAGACUCCAAGCGAUUGAGAAGAGACAAAUCCCGUGAGCGCACUCCCCCGCGCGAGGCCCCCCGCGCGAAAACCCCGCCGCCAGCGCCGGCGCCGGCCACCAAGGAAGUCCACUCUGGAAGUGAAGAAGGCGAGAUUGAGGAGGACUAGGUCUAGGUGAAGUCUGUCCCCUUUGACUUGGAGGAGAGUUUCGCACGCAACCGCAACCUACGUGGUCACCCAGUACGUACGUAACGGCAUCGUCAACCUUCCCCGACACGGCUGGUGGGCGAGAUGACUCUCAAGUACAGGCAUCCAGCUUCUUCUUUUUUUUUUCAUUGGGCCAUCCGGGGCCGCAACGGUGGAUUGCUUCUUACAAAACCCUUUUAACCUGGCCAGUAUGUUCCCAUUCCUCUCCUAGGUUUUCUUGCAUGUGAUUCGUAAGUAAAAUCGGUUGUGGCGGGAUUCUUGGGCGGGAUAUCUCUAGUAAUAGAUAGAUAAACGUAUUUUUCUCGGUCUCGAGGUU